AUGGCAAAAGAGCGUGCGACACGUGCGCCAGGUGUGAGCGGGCUUUGCCUUCUAUUCGCAGCAUGCGCGAUGCUGCUGAACCAGGUGUUCCUCGCCGUGAUCUUCCCAUUUCCCGAUGGCGAGGCUCCUGAACAGAACCAGCUAGCAGAGGUUGGCCUUCCCUCGCUGAAGCUGAAGCCUGCGAGCCUCGCUCCGGGCUUCAGUGGCUGCUCUAAGGGGCGAGGCGACGUUUUGGCAGAGCCGGAGGAAGCCGCAACAUGGAAAGAUAUUGCCAACCCGCUGGCUAAGCUUUCACCGGCCUCCUUGAGGCUGCUGCCCAGGCCAGAGGACAAUGCGCCUACUGGGCAUCAUUGGCUGACCUUUGGCAUGUCUUCCAUCAAGCGGCCGAAGGCAUCAUAUUUGGAGAUCACUUUGUCCAGGCUGUUCAACGUGCUGGAUUUGGAAGAAGCCGCAACUGCGAUCAUUGUGCAUUUGGCAGACUUCGACGAGGAAUGGGUGCUGAAUACUGCCAGCAAGCUGAAUGAAGGAUUCACCAACGAAGUCUUGGAGGGCGACUUGCACGUCAUACAUGCGCCGCGGGAUAUCUACCCACUGAAACAAGCCAAUGUGGAAGCUUUCCGACUAUCUGGGUUUAAGCAGACUGAACUGAAUGCAAGAUACACUAGACAAGCGGAUGCCGCAACUGAUCGCGUGUCCUACAGAUCUGCCAGUGGCAUGUACGUCCUCGUGUGGUGUAUUCAAACAACCAACGUUGUUCAUCGGCGUUGGGUCCUGGUCGCGUCGCAGGAUGUGGAGGCAGCUCAGUCAACAGGAGAUUGCAAAGCUCAAGCUCGAGCACCAGAGGAGUUGGAAGUUCUGGACGAGAGUGUGCGAGGUUGGGAGGAGAAGUUGAAUGAUCAGUGGAUCAAGGCCACCGCUGUCAAGCUGUCAGAUUUCGUGAAUGAGAAGGGCGUGCUGCUCAAGUUUGGUGACAGCCCGAAGAGAACGUGGUGGAGGACGAAGCAGAAUCUGGACUAUACAUUCCUGAUGUGGUACGCGUCGAACAUGUCGGAGUACUAUAUGCAACUGGAAGAUGAUGUCCAUCCUGUUCCAAGCUUUGCUGCAUUCGUGCGGAGUGCCCUCGAAAGGUCCUUGAUUGGCAACCCUUGGGUUAUGGCGUCCUUUUCAGGCCUGGGUUUCAUUGGCAAGUUGUUCAACAACACGCACCUUCCGAGCUUGGCAAACUUCUUGCUCACCUUCAGCGAGGAGGCCCCUUGCGACUGGCUGGUUUGGUGCUGGAUCGAUGUUUGGAGCUCUACUCCUGCAACUGCCGAUCUGCCCAAAGACGUGGAGACGGACGCCAACAAGCAGGCCGAAGCCGCCAAGAAGGGACUUGAGGCUGUCAAGAAGCUGCCGAAGCUGAGGAGCGAACUCUCCACGUAUUACCUUGACAAGUCCUUGCCCCGGGUCUUCCUUUUGGAUGAGGUGUUUCAAAAUGCAUCAAAGCCCAAGAUCGACGCAAAUGGUGUUUCCAGCUCAAGAUACCCCAGGGCAACGGUCGAAAGCACCAUGAAGACGUACCAGCACUACACUCCUCAAGCUGCCUACCCACCGGGCGACCCACUGGGAUUCUGGUCGGCGGACACCUGCUCAGAGAAGGAAAAGGAUGACUUGUCCUGUGCAAGCCAGAAGUACUUCAGACUCAGGCUGAACGACGCCUUCUCCGCAAAGCGAGCCCAGGUUAUCCUUCGUCAAGGCCGCAAGGGCCACGAGGCAGACUUCAUCCGAAAGGGAGAACUACGAGUUUCUCAUAGGAGCGACUGCAGCGACCCCAGCAGACUCACAGAGAUCUCCAAGCCGGAGGAGGUCUGGGAAGGCAAGCUGGAGGCGGUAACAUGCUUGGACAUCGGUCUGCGUGAAAGUCAAUCCGAGUGGGUUUCCAUCCGGGAGAUCGUCUUGCAGAGUCUCGACGUUCAGCAGACUUCCACUCCGACAGCUCUGCAAAACGAGGAGCCUCCACAAAAGAAGGCAGAUGUACAGUACUCGCUGCAGCAUGCUUUGUUGGCAGCCCUUGUUGGUUUUUCUGCAGGCGGCCUUGCCUGGCUUGCUGUUUGGGCCUGCCAGUGUGCGUGUCGCGAUGUGACAGCAGCUUCCGGGCUGCUUAGUUGGUGGACUCUGUACUACCUGGUCGCACUUGACAUUCUCAUCUACUUCUUCGUGACUCCUACCGAAUCUUCCAAACCACCGGUGGCGGUCCCUCAAGCUUUCAGCAUGCUUCGGCCUGUUCCCUCGAGGCGUCUGCAGUUUCAGCCCGUCUGCAAGUCGGGAGAACCUCGCAAAGAAGCGCUGGCUCUCGAUUGGCGCUCUAUGGGCUCUGGGAUUUUGAGCAUCAGUCCGCAGAAGUUGGUGCAUCUUGGCCCUGGUCCAGAUCCCCGGGACCCCAAGCAGGUCCAACGUUCAAGAGCCCUCGUUUCUGUUGGAUUUAUCCUGGAUCCGACCCUCGAGCUCGCCGAGAGCAUCCUCGACGGGUUGCUCAACGCUGGCGACAGGGCUGUGAUUGGGCUCCUCGUGGCCCACGGCUCCCCUGCGCAGCGCGCGCAGCGCCAGAGCUUGCUUGAAAGCAUCGGGGCCGUGCUGCGAAAGCUCAGCCCGGACAAGCAAACGCUGGUGCAUCUAUUGGAUCCUUCACCGGACUUAUUCCCAGAGCCUUCCCGCCACCCUCACAACAUCAACCUGGCGCUUUUGAUCCAAUUCCUUCGGCCGCUGGCUGAGACUUUCAUGUCCGUGGAGUGGGGAAGUCCUCUGGCCCAGGAUUACCCAAUGCUAAUUCAGAGGCACGUCAACCUCCUCACUUCACAGAAGGUCCCCUGGCUCUGCAUCCAUUUCAGUAAACUCGGGCAUCAUCGGAAGCUCAUCCGCUCCAAGAUCUUGCACCGGUGGAUGGAGAUGCUGGUGAUGUUUCCUCAAACACCCGCAGACGCGUUGUACUGGGACUUCGUUGAUGUUGUUGGCAAUCAGACAGUGCCCAAGGCUCUCGCAUUAGGUGGUGUCAAAGGCGAGCGAUCAGACAUCAGAAUACUACACGCCAAGGACAAAGAGGCAAUUCUGGAGCAUCUCGGGGAUGUUUCGUCCUUGCAGGGAAAGGUCCAACGAGCCACGGAAGUAUGGUUCAAGAAGAACCCGCUCCUGGACUCGUUGUUCGACAACCCCCCGGCAGAGCUCACCAGCAACAUGGAGGGCCGGGCAGAUCUCUUGCAAUCUCUCUACGACGACUCUGACCUCCGUGAGAAGGUCACCUGUGGUGGGCAUGAAGCAAGGCAUUGCCGCGAUUGCCCCAAAGGACAUGGUUCAAGCUGGUGCAAUGUUGAUUGCGGAUGGGCUAACGGCCAGUGCAAAGCCAUCUACAAGACCUCAGAUGUCACUGCACCGGCACUGGAGGGCUCCUGGGUGGAGUUGACCUUCAAACAAGCCCAUGAUGUCGAGGCCGUCAACCUUCGAAUGGGUGGCUAUGUCAGGCCUGCCUGCGAGAAGUGCAGCAACAAAGGGGCGGAGGUUCCUGACGACGACUUUGACCAUUCGUUGGAUGAUGCGGAGAUGCUCUUCGGGUACGGGCGGAGCGACCCCAGUGCCAUGUUGUCCUGCAGCAGAUACACAAAAAUCACAGCCUUGGCUGGGCGGGAGGUAUUCUGGCGCAGCAGCUUCAGCACACCGGUGAGGGAUGUACGGUGCAUUCGCAUCCAAGUCACUCGUGCCCAGCAGCAUCCGCUGGUGCUGCGUGGCAUCCAGGUACGAACCACGAAGGCUGAUCCGGUUCGUUUGUUUGAAGCCUUUCGCCGAUUUGGGUGGUUAGGCUAUCGAUCCAGCUAUGUGGAGCCAGCAGCAACGAACCAGCAGCUACAGAACAGUGGGGAGGGGGCAGAUCGCCCUAGGCAGACGCCGCAGGAUGCCGCAUACAUGCUGAGCCACAGUGAACGGAUGGAGCGAGCAGCACCUGGAAUGGGCCAACACCCCAGUGCCAGAGAAGUCCGUGUGUUCAAGACGACCUUCGGCAGUCCAACCACCCUCGCAAAUCUCUGGAAGCAGCAAAGCCUGCUUGCCGGAUUCAGCUGCGCACAAGAUGGUGUAGAGCGUGGCCAUUCCAACUCAUUCAAUCGCUUCUUUCACAUUCUGUCGUUGCUCGGGCGGCUGCUGCUACUUGUACUUUUUGCUGAGCUGCUUUGUGUCAUUUGCUGCCAGGUUGGAUCAGAUGCCUCCUUCCCACGUCUUCUACGAGCUAACAUGGUCAACAUCUACGAAAUCUUCGAGUGGUUUCGGCAUCUGGCGGCCAAGUCGUGGAGCUUCUUAGCGAUGGGUCCAUGUCAAUGUCGUGUCUCCUUGGCGGAUGAUCUUCCCAGUGUUGAGGAGAUUAUGAUCAGUAUCAAAGGCAAGGCAGCCGGCGAGGCUGAAACCUCUCAGUUGCCUUUCUUCAUUGGUGGCCUGCUGGUUGCCCUGGCCGGAGUCGCUGCUCUUGCGCUUGGCGGCGAGACUUACGAUGACGUGGAUGACAAGAAGGUUGUUGAGGAGUACUUCAACACCACAGGCUUCGAGAGAUGGCAGAAGAUCUACGGAGAAACCGACGAUGUAAACCCGGUGCAGAAAGACAUCCGGGUGGGCCAUGCGCAGACUGUCGACAAGAUCUUGGGCUGGCUGGACCCAAACACGAUCUCCGGCAAAACUGUCUGCGAUGCAGGGUGCGGGACGGGCAGCCUCUCUAUUCCGCUGGCCAGCCGCGGGGCCAUGGUCAACGGCAGCGACAUUAGUUCUGCUAUGGUUGGCGAGGCCGAAGUUCGAGCCAAAGAAUCGCUACCGGCAGAGAAGCUGCCAAAGUUCUCAACUUCUGACCUGGAGGCGAUCUCUGGUUCGUACGACACGGUGUGCUGCGUGGAUGUACUCAUCCACUACCCGCCAGACAAGAUGUCUGGGAUGGUGCAACAUUUGGCAGGGCUCAGCAAGGAGAGACUGAUCUUGUCGUUUGCGCCCAAGACCUGGUACUACAAACUGCUCAAGCGAAUCGGUGAGCUUUUCCCUGGCAAGUCCAAAACGACCCGUGCAUACCUCCAUGAUGAGGCAGAUGUGGAGGCCGCACUGCAGCAAGCAGGUUAUCAGGUCACCCGCAAGGACAUGACAGCCACCAACUUCUACUUCUCGCGGCUUUUCGAGGCCAAGCCGGUCGCGUCCUGA